UGUGUGCGUGUAUGCAUGUGGAUACACGGUGACUCCCUCCAGCUGCCGCGCCAGACAGCGUGUGUCUGAGUGUGUACGCAAACGGGUGCAUGUGAGCCUGCUCCUCGCUGUCAAGCUCGCCUCCCUGUUUUUCUCUCUCUCUCCGUCUCUCCCUCUCGCUCUCUGCGCACACUGCCUGCCUCUCCUCCCGACCGCCCACCCGCUACGUGCUCGGAAAGCAGGAGUGGAAGAUGCCGGCCAUCCUGGUGGCCUCCAAGAUGAAGUCGGGACUGCCCAAACCCGUGCACAGUGCCCUCCCGAUCCCACAGGUGCCCUCCCGUAGCGCCGGCCCGCAUUCCUGCGCACUGAAGCUGGGAGGCAGCAAGCCCACGUAUUCGAGCCUGAUCCCUCUCAAGUCCCCCCAAGGACACGAGAGCGAGGGUGACAGGGACCCCGCCAAGAAGGGCGCAGCAGUCGAGAGCGGUGUGGACACGCAGAUUUACACAGAUUGGGCCAACCAUUAUCUUGCCAAGUCCGGCCACAAGCGUCUGAUCAAGGACUUGCAGCAGGACGUCACCGACGGGGUGCUAUUGGCUGAAAUCAUCCAAGUCGUGGCCAACGAGAAGAUUGAAGACAUCAAUGGGUGCCCCAAGAGUCGCUCUCAGAUGAUUGAGAACAUUGAUGCCUGCCUCAGUUUUCUGGCAGCCAAAGGCGUGAAUAUACAGGGUCUGUCCGCAGAAGAGAUCCGAAAUGGGAAUCUAAAGGCGAUCCUGGGACUUUUCUUCAGUCUCUCCCGCUACAAGCAGCAGCAGGCACAGAAGCAAGCCUCCCAGUCUGCUCAGCAUCGGCCCUUGGCUCACCAGACCAGCGCCCCUGCCCAGACUGGUCCCAGCACGCAUGGGACCUCCACCCCUACUCAGAGCCAGCCGCACAACCCCGCAGCACACAUGCUGAAAGCACAAGCAGAGAUGCAGUCCAGGCUCCCGGGCCCCACCUCCAGGCUUUCCACUGCAGGCAGUGAGAACAAGGCCCGAGUCGCUGUAGCCAGUAGCAGCAACCGCCGCAGCCAGAGCUUCAACAACUUUGACAAGUCCAAGCCCGGCCCCCCGGUUCCUUGCAGCCAAGACAGAGAGUCAUCAGAAAGCAUCAGCACACAGCCCCCUGGGAUGACUGAGCAUGUCCUGUCCCCAGCGCCCACCAGCACUUCCUCCAGCACCGUCUCCAUCACCAGCCCCAUGGCCACGCCCUCCUCAGCCAUCCCCCAGCCCGGCUCAGCAGGCAAGCCCUGGAGGAGUAAGUCGCUCAGCGUCAAGCACAGUGCCACGUCUUCCAUACUGUCCGUGAAGCAAGAACCCUCCAAGCAGCAGCCGCAGCAGCCAGUGCCUCCUGCCCCUCCUGCUGAUGCCAUCAUCAAGGCUGCCCCCAUUGCCCAGAAGUCCAUGCUGGAGAAGCUCAAGCUGUUCAACAGCAAAGGGGGCUCCAAGUCCAAUAAUGGAGGGCCCCAGUCAGACAGCACAGCCUCUCGGGAGGUUGUAGUAGAGAAGGUGGAAACUGGCUCCAACACUGACCCCCUGGAGGAGAUGGAUGGGAACGUGCGGCCUGUCAACGGCACCAGUGUCGUCACUAGCAGUCCCAAGAUUGCCUUAAAAGGCAUUGCACAGCGCACCUUCAGCAGGGCCCUCACCACCAAAAAGAGCUCCCUGAAGGCUGCUGAGAAGGAGAAGGACAAGGAUAAACCUAAGGAGAAAGACAAGCCCAAGGAGAAGGAUAAGGCCAAGGAGAGCGCCAAGCGUGUGUCCAUCACUGAGAAAGUUGAAACAAAGGAGGAGCAAAAGGAUGAAGUGACGUUUUCUCCAGAAGGAGAACCUAAGAAAACCUCCAAAAUCGCCAGCUUUAUUCCCAAAGGGGGAAAGGUCAGCAGUGCCAAAAAGGAGAGCUCGACCACAUCACAGAGUGGCAUACCAAAGCCUGGGGCCAAGGGAACGCCCUCUUCUGGGAAGGAUGGGGACAGACCACGGAGUAUGAGGCUACACAAAGGUCAGCUAGAUGGCAGGAAUUCCAGCUCAUCUUCCAGCUUGGCCUCCUCAGAAGGAAAGGCCCAGACGAGCAAUGGCGCCGUUUCGGUGGCCACUACUGGUGCUACACAGUCCACAGCCAGCAACACUGUCAGUGUUCAGCUACCUCAUCCUCAGCAGCAAUACAACCACCCCAACACCGCCACUGUAGCCCCCUUCAUGUACAGGUCACAGACAGACGUGGAGGGAACCACAAUGACAGAGUCUGGGUCAGGAGGAGGAAGCGGAGACAGCACAUCCUUCAGCAAGCCCACUAUAGCCUCUGUGGAUGAUCUUGCGGGUGAGGACCCCGAGGCCAGGCGACUGCGUACGGUCAAGAACAUCGCAGACCUUCGCCAGAACCUGGAGGAGACCAUGUCCAGCCUGCGUGGGACCCAGAUCACACACAGCACCCUGGAGACCACCUUCGACAGCAGCGUCACCACAGAGAUCAGCGGCCGCAGCAUUCUCAGCCUUACGGCCCGCUCCACACCGCUGUCAUGGCGACUGGGUCAGUCCAGCCCACGGCUGCAGGCAGGUGAUGCCCCCUCCACGGGCAACGGCUACCCACCUCGAGCUAACGCUAGCCGCUUUGUCAGUUCAGAGAGUGGGCGUUACCUGUACUCCGGGCCCCUGCGCCGGCAGCUGGCGGCCCGGGGCAGCGCCAUCUGCACCGUGGACUUGGCUGAUAAAGUGGAGGAGCUGGACCUGGAGAGCAUCAACAUGGAUGCCACCGGGUACAUGAGCGACGGGGAUGUGCUGAGCAAGAACAUCCGAGCCGAUGACGUCACAAGUGGCUACAUGACCGACGGGGGACUCAGUCUGUACACUCGCCGCUUGAACCGUCUCCCAGACGGCAUGGCAGCGGUGCGGGAGACGCUCCAGCGUAACGCCUCCACGGGUCAAGGGGAUGCAGACAGUUGGGACGACAGCAGUUCCGUCAGCAGCGGCAUCAGCGACACUAUCGACACGGAUGACAUCAACACCAGCUCGUCCAUCAGCUCCUACGCCAACACGCCAGCUGCUUCCCGCAGGGCUAUAGAGGGGCAGCCCCAGACGGACGCAGAGAAGCACUCGGCUGUGGAGCGCAACUCAAUGUGGUCCGGUGACGACGUCAAGCGCUCAGACGGGGGCUCUGACAGCGGCAUCAAGAUGGAGCCCGGCUCCAAGUGGCGCCGCAACCCUUCGGACGUCUCAGACGAGUCUGACAGAAGCAGCUCCGGCCGCAAGGCGGUUGCCAUCUCCCAGACAGGUUCUUGGAGGCGGGGCAUGACGGCUCAGGUGGGCAUCACGGCACCACGGACUAAGACGGCGAGCACAACGGGCCCCAGUGCACUCAAGGCCCAGGGAAGCGGCAAAACGGAUGACGCCAAGGUGUCGGAGAAGGGCCGCCUGUCGCCACGGUCCAACAGCAUUCAGCGCUCACCCUCGGACGCGGGCCGCAGCAGCGGUGAUGAAGCCAAGAAGCCCUCCAACAGUGCCUCCCGAACCCCUACCAACACGUUUGGAUUUAAGAAGCAGGCGGGUGGCGUAACUAUCAUAUCCGCGAGCGGGGCCACCAUCACCAGCGGCUCAGCCACCCUGGGCAAGAUUCCCAAGUCGGCGGGGCUAAUAGGCAGUCGAUCAGCCAGUCGGAAGGCCAGUGUGGAUGGCUCACAACCUCAGGAUGAGGGCUAUCUCACUGUGGGUACACGCACCAAUUUGCAGUAUCGCAGUCUGCCCCGGCCCAGUCGCUCUGGUUCUGCGGCCCGCAACGGCAACCGCUCCUCCACCAGCAGCAUCGACUCUAGCCUCAGCAGCAAAGCGGCUGGUCUCCCCAUACCCAAGGUCCGCGAAGCCGCCAAGGCUCCCAGUGUCGUCCUCCUGCCUGCAUCCAAUCAGACAGACCGAGAGAAAGGGGUGUCGUCAGACACGGAGAGUGUGGCCUCUUGCAACUCGGUGAAGGCUAGCCCCACUUCUCAAAGCGGAGGGGCCAUUGUGUCCCAGAGCGGAAGACAGCAGGGGACCAAGUAUGCUGACGUAUCUUCCCCGACCCUUCGAAGACUGUUUGGUGGAAAGCCCUGCAAACAGACAGAGAACUUGAAGAGCUCCACAGUCAUCUCGAACCCCCAUGCUACCUUGGGCCAAUCGGGUGCCUUGGACUCCCCUUCAGGUGGCGGCUGCGGUGAGCCGUCUCACUCCUCGCUGGCCUCUAGCCCAGGCUCAGCCUACUCGGCGCCCACCAACAGCCUGACGUGGGGUACCACGGCCAGCAGCUCAUCUGGCGUGAGCAAGGACGGCCCCGGCUACCCAUCUGUGAGCAGCCUGCACACCAGCUGCGAGUCCAUUGACAUCUCACUCGGCAGCAGUGGCCCGGGGCACCACGGCUCCGGCAAGGAGGACUCACUGUCGGCAUUCGUCCGCACAAAUAGCGCGAGGACCGGCAUGUCGGAGAGUCCCCUCUCUUCCCCUUCCGCUAGUCCCAAAUUCAGCCGAAACACUUUACCUCGGAAGCAGGACAGCGACCCACACCUUGAUAGCAACAGCCUGCCCAGAAAGGGACUCAGGUACACCCCCUCAGCCCAGCUGCGGAGCCAUGAGGAGGCCAAGGAGUGGCUUCGCUCACAUUCUGCAGGCGGCCUGCAGGACUCUGCCAGCAAUUCGCCGUUCUCCCCUGGCUCUAGUCUCACCUCGCCCUCCGGAACACGCUUCAAUUUUGCCCAACUUGCUAGCCCCACCACAGCUGCACAGAUCAACCUCGCCAACCUGCGUACCAACAGCCUGUCCAGUCAAGAUUGUGCCUAUGACCCGUACAGUGAUGCCCGCUUGCGCAACUCUUCCAUGUCCCUAGACGAGAAGAGUCGGACCAUGAGUCGCUCUGGGUCCUUCCGCGACGGCUUUGAGGAGGUUCACGGGUCCUCGCUGUCUCUCGUGUCUAGCACUUCAUCCAUCUACUCAACGCCUGAAGAGAAAUCGCAGUCAGAGAUCCGCAAGCUCCGCAGAGAGCUGGACGCUUCCCAGGAAAAAGUAUCGGCUCUGACUACACAGCUCAGUGCAAAUGCUCACCUGGUGGCCGCCUUUGAACAGAGCCUGGCCAAUAUGACCAUCCGGCUUCAGAGUCUGACCAUGACUGCAGAGCAGAAGGACUCUGAGCUAAAUGAGUUGAGAAAGACCAUUGAGUUCCUGAAGAAGCAGAAUGCAGCAGCUCAGGCCGCCAUUAAUGGUGUCAUCAACACCCCGGAGCUCACCUGUAAAGCUCAGGGCAACGGCACGCCUCAGACACAGCCCGACCUGCGCAUACGCAGACAGCACUCGUCCGACAGCGUGUCCAGUAUCGCCAGUGCCACCAGUCACUCCAGUGUGGGCAGCAACAUGGAGCUGGAUGCUAAGAACAAGAAAAAGAAGAAGAACUGGCUGCGGAGUUCCUUCAAGCAGGCAUUCAGCAAAAAGAAGUCACCAAAGUCAGCAUCCUCACACUCAGAUAUUGAGGAGAUGACCGACUCCUCCCUGCCUUCCUCCCCCAAACUCCCUCACAACGGCUCUGCUGUGUCCACACCCGUGCUGAGGAACUCCCACUCCAACUCCCUGAUCUCAGAAUGCACAGACAGUGAGGCGGAGACCGUCAUGCAGCUGCGCAGUGAGCUCCGUGAUAAGGAAAUGAAGCUGACAGACAUUCGUUUGGAGGCCCUGAGCUCGGCCCACCAGCUGGACCAACUGCGGGAGGCCAUGAACCGCAUGCAGUGUGAGAUCGAGAAGCUGAAGGCAGAAAAUGAUCGUCUGAAGUCUGAGAGCCAGGGCAGUUGCAGCCGGGCCCCGUCGCAGGUGUCCAUCUCCUCCACGCCGCACCCCUCUGUCGGCCUCUCCCAACACAGCCUCAACCUGACAGAGUCCACUAGCCUGGACAUGCUGUUGGAUGACAAUGGAGACGGCAGUACACGCAAAGAGGGCCGCCAUGUUAAGAUUAUGGUCAGCCUGGAUGAAGAUGGCAAAUGGAAAGAGGAAUGCCGACCGCGCCACUUCCUGAUUGGCUGCAUUGGCGUCAGUGGCAAGACCAAGUGGGAUGUUCUGGAUGGGGUGGUCAGACGCCUCUUCAAGGAGUACAUCAUCCAUGUGGAUCCUGUCAGCCAGCUGGGUCUGAAUUCAGACAGCGUGGCAGGGUACAGCAUCGGUGACAUCAAGCGCACGGGUGGAGCUGAGACCCCAGAGCUACUGCCUUGUGGUUACCUGGUGGGGGAAAACAACACCAUCUCUGUCUCUCUCAAAGGAGUGGAGGUGCACAGUCAGGACAGCCUGGUGUUUGAGACGCUCAUCCCCAAGCCCAUGCUGCAGCGCUACGUAUCCCUGCUGCAGGAGCACCGGCGCAUCAUCCUGUCAGGCCCCAGUGGCACUGGCAAGACCUUCCUGGCCAACCGGCUCGCUGAGUACAUGGUGCUGCGCGAGGGCCGUGAGCUGGCCGAUGGUGUCAUCGCCACCUUCAAUGUGGACCACAAGUCCAGCAAGGAGCUGCGCCAAUACCUCUCCAACCUGGCUGACCAGUGCAACAGCGAGAGCCACACGGUGGACAUGCCACUGGUGGUCAUCCUGGACAACUUGCAUCAUGUCAGCUCCCUGAGUGAAAUCUUCAACGGUCUGCUCAACUGCAAGUACCACCGAUGCCCCUAUAUCAUUGGGACAAUGAAUCAGGCAACAUCGUCCACUCCAAACUUACAGCUUCACCACAACUUCAGGUGGGUGCUGUGUGCCAAUCACAUGGAACCAGUGAAGGGCUUUCUUGGUCGGUUCCUGAGACGGAAGCUGAUUGAGACUGAGAUCAGCAGCCGCAUGCGGAACGUGGAGCUGGUGAAGAUCAUAGAGUGGAUCCCUCGGGUCUGGCACCAUCUCAACCGUUUUCUUGAGACUCACAGCUCUUCUGAUGUCACCAUCGGUCCCCGCCUGUUCCUGUCCUGCCCCAUCGAUGUGGAUGGCUCCAGGGUUUGGUUCACAGACCUGUGGAAUUACUCCAUCAUCCCUUACAUGCUGGAAGCAGUUCGAGAAGGCCUGCAGCUGUAUGGAAGAAGAGCACCCUGGGAGGACCCAGCAAAGUGGGUGAUGGACACAUAUCCAUGGGCAGCCAGUCCCCAGCAGCAUGAGUGGCCACCUCUGCUGCAGCUGCGACCUGAGGAUGUGGGCUUUGACGGCUACUCCAUCUCACGAGAGGGCUGUCCCAGUAAGCAGAUCCCUCAGAGUGAUGCCGAGGGAGACCCUCUGAUGAACAUGCUCAUGAGACUUCAAGAAGCAGCCAACUGCUCUAGUCCCCAAAGCUAUGACAGUGACUCAAACAGCAACAGUCAUCAUGAUGACAUCCUGGACUCCUCGUUGGAGUCAACCCUGUGAAUCUAAGUCCUCCACGUUGUAGUUUUAAACUGAAGAAGAAAGAGACUCAUCUGAAAUGAUUUUAAGUGUUCAGAACAUGACUGUUUACAAGUGGCAAAGGCAAGCUACUUUCAGUCACUGACGAAAAACAGAGUGGGUGCAGGUAACCCAGAAGAGAAAAAAAAAAAUUAAGAAGAAAAAGAGUGGAAAAACUGCACUACUUUAUUUUUUACAGUAUAUUUCUGAAAGGCUGCUGUCAGCCCAACUCUAAGUUAACUUGUACAAGAAUUACAUGGCAUUUCAAAUUAUGGAGCCAGUAUUCUGCCAUGGCCUCUUCGUCCAGCUGAAAGAACUAAUGCCCACGUUGCUGUGAACCAAACGACUGUGCUGGACUCCUCAUAGCUGUGUGUCGUGUUGUUCUAAACUGCACAUGGUGCUAGAAGAUCCUCGUCCCAGUAUGUAGUGCACGAAUUGGCUGUGAACCCACAUUUUCCUCUUAUUCAUUCACCAGCCUUGUGUUGCAUUCCUGAUCUAGCUGACUGCUUUCCCCUCCCUAGACAAGCAUGAACAACUAGUAUCAGUAGAAAGUGCAGCACUGGUAUCUUAAAAGAAGUUGCUGAAUCUUAAACUAUAUGCUUAUCUUACACUGAUUUUGCAUUACAGCUGCAUAUGGGUUUUUGCAUAUGCGGUUGUCACGCGGUACUCGGAUAUGUAGUGGAGUUUGCUGGGUCUGCGUAAGUCCCCUAUGAGACUGAUGUCACCCCCUAGAAUGAAGUCUGAAGUCUGAUUUGUUCUCUCGCCGGAGAACGCAGAAUUUCAACUUUGUGUGCUUUUUUCCAUCUUUCGCUGGAGGAGGUGUGGAUUGUGGCUGUUGAGGUCUGAUCCCUCCUAGGCCUCUCCUUGUUACACGUACCUGUCGGCUAGUGAGGGAUUUCUCUCAGCAGAGAGCCCCGCUGAAGCAGAGGAACCAGCCUGCAGCCUUGGGACAAGAGUUUAGAGUUGAGGCGACGCAGGUGUGGAUGUCCUGCUUUGACAGACUGCACUGCCGUGCAUCCAGUGCUGCUGGGACCCCUGAGGCAUACACUCUCAUCUCUUGUAUUACUUUGGGCGAGUUUCCUUCGAGGGGCAUUAAGACCCUGCACUUUGUUUUCGGAGCACACACACACAGGCAGCAUUAGGAGCAAUGUGCUGCAUACAGCUCUACCAAUGUGCAUUUUCUCCAGUGAGUAGUUACAAGCUUUGGCAAACAUCUUUUUUGGUGCUGAAUUUCGAUCCGAUGCCUUACUUCUUUUGUAAUACUUGCAUUAACAUGCAUUAGUGCUGUUACUGUUUUUUUACAUUCAACUACAGGGCUGCGGCGUCAUCUACCUUUGAAAUUUGCAGUUAAGUGGGCAGCUUCAAGGUUCUGUGGCGUUUGUUUUUCUCGACAUCAGACGCUAAUGCCAUGUCAUUAAGAUGAAUAAUGAAAGCAAUGUUCUGUACAAUCCAUAUCAUUGCAUUAAAGCCUGCUGCUGCAAAGUUUUAUCAGGGGUUUGGGUUGAUGUCGAGGCUUAAAACGGGCUUUGUGAUUCCGCUGAAAAACCUGCAACUUUCUGACCCAGACUGGUCUGAGUAAGAGAAAGCUUCUGCUCAGUGCUCAGUCAGUGGCAACUCUGUGAUGUACUGUACAGACUGAAGCAACGGAGAAAGUUAUAAGACCACGUUGAUUAAAGGGGUUUUUCUUAUACCUCGUAAGCCUUUAACCUUCAUGCCAUUGUCCUGCUUGUUUUAGUUUUUUUUUCCUCUGUUUUUCUGAGCUUGUGUCAGAGUGAUAUCACUGCAUGAAAUGUGACAGCUGACCUGUUUGCUGCUUUGUUUAGGAGGAGAAAAAAAGACUACUUCAUUUUAUAGCUUUUCCUUGUUCUGUGUCACAAGUAUGUUUCUGAAAGUGCUCAUUGCAGGGAAACACUUAGGAAGGCAGUCUUCAAAUCCAGGAUGAGCUGUGCGGGCGGUGCCGGAGGCUCGACCUUCCUUGGAAAAUAGCUGCCAGCGCGUCUGGUAGCCGACUCGUGAGAAUUAACAUUGUGUCCAUUUGCGUUACGUGUAAAUGGGAUUGUCCACCUUUGAGAGACGAUGCUUUAUUCCUCUGCUGAAACCCAUAAGACUGAGUUUCUGAGACCUGCUCUUCUUAGUAUCGUGUGGUUUCAUGUUUCUCUCUCUCCAUGCUUCCAUUCUCUCUCAGUGUUUGACCUGUUCAUUUUGAGUGUUCUUAGUUACCAAUUCUAUGCAACAUUCAUUCUGAAUUCUAAAUGGAAGCCAAAUAGUUCCCUGGUGUUAUCAGUACUGCCAAGAAUUGUACAGCGACUAAAUCGAUAUGUGAAUAAGUUUUGGGUUGUAUUUUAAGUACCGUUUUCUGUACACUUUCCAAAAGGUUUGUUAUAGUGUAUGCAAGCACAAAAACAUGUUAGAUCGUUCUUUUGAAAUGUUCGCCACAGAUGUUUGGAUGUUCAGAUUUUAUGGAAGGUUGCUGUUUAAUGUAGUCGUUUAAAAUUACGAGAAUUUGUUCAUGAAUGUGUAUUUUACUAUGUACAUUUUUCUUUGUAACAAAGAAAUGUAAAUAUCUGAUUACAGUGCUGCAUUUUACUGAAUUUUUUCUAGCCAUUUUUAAACAAAUCUAAAAAUAAGUAUUUUCUGUACAGUCACCCCCUCUGCUCACCCGUACUGUUCAGUUUGUGGAGAAUGGCUGUCAAAAAAAUCAUGUGACAUCACAUGCUCUGAAAUAAAUCUGAACAUUGUAUCGUUAUUAAAUUAUCCACGAUUAAAUAAAAUAAAUGAUUAUUUAUUA